ACUAACCCACAGCGUCAACAGACCCCCUCCCACAAAAUGACGAAGGGUACCUCCAGCUUCGGAAAGCGCCACAACAAGACGCACACCCUGUGCCGUCGUUGCGGUCGCCGCUCCCUCCACAUCCAGAAGCACACUUGCUCCUCGUGCGGAUACCCCGCUGCUAAGACCCGCAAGUUCAACUGGGGCGAGAAGGCCAAGCGAAGGAAGACCACCGGCACUGGACGCAUGCGAUACCUCAAGACCGUCUCCCGCAAGUUCUCCAACGGCUUCCGAACUGGCGUGCCCGCUGGCGCCAAGGGACCUACGACCGAGUAAACGAUGCGAUGACAACAGAGGGUUUGGCGUAGGGGCUGAAUGGGCGGGAGCGUGAAGGCAGGCAGGUUUUCAACUGGCAAGGUUAUCGAAUAUUGCUCAGGCGUUUUUGAGCAUCACUUCCCGGUAAAUCAUCCUCGACAGAAGGAUGUGAGGACGAAUGACACUUCUCGGAGCUUGUGGCAUUACAGAAAAAUUAUAUCAUGGUCUGUCACGAUUGAACCACGAGUCCACACGUCUUGUCCUCGGAAACCCGCUCAAAUGUCUCAAAUGAAUGAAGUCAAUACAGCUACCCCUUUCUUGCAUCC